GAUCAGGAUGGUGCCGAACCCAGUGCGAACUCUGUCUCAGCCAUGAACUUGCUACGACUGUCCCACCUCACAGGCCGGCAGGACUGGAUACAACGCUCCCAGCAAUUACUGACUGCCUUCUCUGAUAGACUGAUUAAGGUUCCAAUCGCCCUGCCAGACAUGGUCCGCAGUGUCAUGGCCCAGCAUUACACCCUUAAACAGAUUGUUAUCUGUGGCCAGCCUGAUUCUGAGGAUACUGCGGGUUUGAUUUCCUGUGUCAACUCUCUAUUUCUGCCCCAUAAAGUCCUGAUAUUGGCGGAUGGUAACACAGAGGGUUUCCUUUAUCAGAAGCUGCCUCUUCUCUCCUCCCUGGUUGCUCAGGACGAUAAAGCCACUGCGUAUGUGUGCGAGAACUUCGCCUGCGCCCUCCCGGUCACCUGCCCGCAGGAACUGAGGAGACUGCUGCUGGAGUGAGAGCUGCCGUCACACCACACAAACAUCACUGUGCCAUCUCUCCAUAGUCAGACCUCUAUAUCUCAUAUUAUUAUGCAAGUAGCAAACUACAGUCAUCAAAAAAACCGUCACACUGUAAAUUAAAUGCACUAUAAGACAUUAUACAGUGGCAAGGCAAACCUCUGGGGCUGCCCUAGUUGUGAUGUUCUGCCUCAUUUUAGACCUGUUAUACAAGAUGGUAGUCUUGGGAAAUGGAAAUACAAUUGAAUUGUGAGAAGGAACGCUGAGAUUAAACCUUUCAGAGGUUUGCCUCAUGGGAUCAGUUGAUCUCGGUCAACCUGCUUUCUAAACGAUCAAGCAUGUGACGAAGCAAACCUUUCUAUGCAGUGCAGCUGAUCAGCCCUGGAUAAGCAACAUGCUAAGAUUUAGAGUGGAAUGUCACACACAAUGUAUGUAUACUAGAGCUCAGACUAAAUGUAAUAUAAUAAAUACUCACUGAGUAACCUUGUGUGAUG